GUCAAACAAAUGUCGCCACUCGCCUUUCGGCUCUCUGUAACAGCAACCAGCAAGUUAUUUCUAGUUUUUAAUUAAACACUGUAAAAUUUAACAUACUCAAAUAAUUUUUUAUUGUAUUUAAGAAUUGUUAUUUCGAUUUCAUAAAGCUAUUAAACAUGACAUUCACUGAAUGUUAAAAUUACUCGACUGACUGAACCAGCAGUUAUUAAAACUAGUUACUUAAGAAAUUCAUAAAAGUAUGUCGAGCUCAAUAGUCCAAUAUAUUUUACUUAGGAGUGAUUUACUUAAAGACUUGGGCUGGUCUAUCGGUGCACUGGUGGCACAGGCAUGCCAUGCUUCCACAGCUGUUCUUCAUGUAUAUAGAGAUGAUGAAAACACUAUCAAUUACUUAGGUGACUUAGAUAAUAUGCAUAAAGUAGUUUUAGAAGUACUUAAUGAAGAAUCCCUCAAAAAGGUUGCAGAAAAGUUGAAAGAAAAUUCAAUUGAUCACAAGUUAUGGAUUGAACAGCCAGAAAAUAUUCCAACCUGUUUAGCGCUGAAGCCAUAUCCUAAAGAGGAAGUGAAGAAAUAUGUAGGGAAAUUCAAAUUGUAUAAAGCCAUGUUGACCUCAUGAAUUAAUUUGUCUGUAAUCCUUUAAUAUAUCAAAUUUCAAAUAUAA